AUGCUCAACAUCACAGCUUCAGGUCUUCUAGGACCUGUGGUCGCCCUCAAUGCAUGGACCCUAGUCAUGGAAGUUUGGAUGUACGCAGUCAUCAUUCCAGUCUCCCAGGAGAUCAAGCCCACCCCCGCUACUACAAAGAGUCAACUCGAGGCACAGACACCAGCAAGUGCGCGAUGGAAGAAAGAUAACUUCAAUCAUCUCAUGGAGCAACCUACCCAAUUCUACGCGAUUGCUCUCACAUUGGCUAUCAUUCGGGGAGGUCAAGACGAGGAUCUGGAUGUCUUGCUUGCGUGGCUGUAUAUGGGGACUCGAGUUGUACACUCAUUGGUACAAGUGACGAGUAAUGCUCUGGCAGUCAGAUUCUGCCUCUUCGCAUUCUCUUCAUCCUUGUUGGCUGUCAUGGUUGCCAGAGCUGCCAUGGAACUCUUUUAG